AUGCCUAUUGACUUCAAUCUCUCGGCGACGGAGGAAGGGACACGGAAUGCAGCAGCCGCAUUCGCAGCAGGGCCGCUGAAAGAUGCUAAGAAGAAUUACAUGAAGUUUCAAGAUGAGAAGCGAUUCCAAUCAACACAAUCUUUGUACAGUCAAGCUGUUGCAGGCGGGCUAAUAAAAGGCCAAAUCUCUCCCUCUCUAGGUGGAGCAGGUGGAAGUCUUACGGAAGCAGCUAUCUUGGUCGAGGAGAUGUACCGGGUCGAGCCAUCGGUCUCCCUGACCAUUUUUGCAACCGGGCUGGGCCUAACGCCUCUCAAUUUGGUGAACAAACCAGAAUUCAAUGAGUUUCUGACGCCUUUCCUGUCAGGAGAGGGAGAGCCGCUAGCGAGUCUGGUGUUCUCUGAGCCUGGCGGAGUUGCGAACUAUUUGGAGAAGGGAGCGCCAGGCCUCAACACGACUGCCGAAAAAGAUGGUGAUGAAUGGAUUAUUAACGGAGAAAAGAUAUGGGCUACCAACUGUGCUGGGUGGGACUUUCAAGGUGCAGACUUGCAAUGUGUUGUCUGCCGAACCACAAAUCCAAGCUCUGACGAACCAGGUGAUGCAAUCAUGAUAAUUCUAGUUACCAAAGAUGAUGUACUUCGAAAUAAGCCUGGAUCAUUCAAAACUCUCCGUCACGUCCCGACAGUUGGCCACAGUGCUUGCUCUGGUCCACACAUAAAAUACACAGGGCUCAGAGUUCCGGCUAAGAAUGUCUUAUGUCCAGCAGGCACAGCUGUGCCCAUUAUCUCAGGAAGUUUCGAUUGCUCUGCUAUUCUUGUCGGUGCCAUGAGUGUUGGUAUUAUGCGAGCAAGCUUUGACGCGGCAUUGGCCUUCGCGAAGAGUGACAGCCGCAGAGGUGCGGUGGAAUUGUUGCAAAGACAAGCGGUGGCAGAUCUUCUGAGUGGUAUCAAAAUGCAGACAGAAGCUUGCAGGGCUCUAACUUGGAAAGCAGCGAGUUGCCUUAAGCAUGGACCGGGCGAUUACAAUGCCAGGCGAGAACUUGCCCUGGCUGCUAAAAUAUAUUGUAGUGAUGCUUGCGUGAAAGCAGUAACGGAUGCUAUCAGCGUUGUGGGAGUAUCUGCCUACGACUCCGAUCAGCCCUUUGCGGAGUUAUUGAACGCGGCUAUGGUUCUGCCAAUAUUCGAUGGAGGCAAUGUUGGAAUUAGAAGGCGUCACAUGCAAGAAUUGAUGCUUGCAAAAGAUUAUGAUGCGUGGGCUUCAACCUAUGGUCCGUCAGCUAGUAGUGAAAAUUAA